AUGCGACAGACCAACAACGAUCGUGUCGUCUUCAUCCAUGGAAAAAAGAAGCGGGCUCCGAUAGUUCGUCUCGAACAAUGGAUGCCAUGGCGACCUUUGAUCGAGAGGCUUUAUCUGGUCGAGCAUAAGACCCAAGAAGAGAUUGUCCGCUUUCUCAACAGGGAGGAGGAUUUCCCUGUAAAGCCCGUUUGGCCGCGUUACCAACCCCUCUUCCAGGAGUCAAUGUCAGACCAACUCCAGAUCCCCCUCGAUAAGCUGCAGAAUUAUCGCUGGCUUGCCGAGAUCAUGGAGGUCCUGGGAGAUAAGUACACCGCCAGCAACAUUUUUAUGGGGCUGUACGAGCACAACAGUAAGGUCAACAGUCAGGUUGGGCCUAACAUUGAGAUUGGCUUUGCCUUCUCCCGCACAGCCCAAUCACUCAAACAACUCGCUUUCGCCAAAAACAAGGUGCUCCCGGAAAUCAUACGCACACUAUCGCAUCAUCAUCAUUAUCAUCAAGGUAACAACAGCAACGAAGACGAUUGUCCGACGUGGAGCCACUUUCAGUUCGAUCUGAAUUUUGCUCACGUCACCGAUCGAGAAAGCCCGGGAAGCAAUAACGCCCUGAGCCAGUUGUACGAGCUGUUCGCUGAGAAAAUCCGCCCGAUUGGCAACGACGCACAGCGGCAUUUCAUGAGCUUUAGCCCCCGGACACCGAACCUCCUGUUCGACGUGCCGAUCUACCUCGCUUUCGUCCCGGCUGCCACACGCUAUGAUCAAGCCCCUCCAGAGUACUACAUGCUGAACGAGCCUGCGCCAGAGGAGAGCUCUAACGAUGAAGAAGUGGACGAGCCCAACUUUUUACAACUCCUCGAGUGGUUCCGAAAUCAGCAGCUUGUCUUUUCCCAUCGGCGUUGUCGGGCCAGCUGCUUGGCUGACUGUCUCACGUGGUGCAUGAAGGUCCUUGAACACCCCUCGCUGGUCCCUCAAGCCCUAGAGACAAUGAUCACCAACCCCGAGGCACAUAUCUACAUCGUGCUCUGCACCAUCCUCCAGGAAUGGCUGCGCCAGCAUGUUCAGCAAGAAAGACCUCAAUGGGUCACCACCGCCCGAACCCAGCUCGACCUCUCCCCUCCGCAAUUCCUCACCGUCGUCGUGUGCAUGAUCAUGGCCGAGGCAUCGCAGCAGUCAGACACUGUCGCAUCCCGCCACGAUCUGUCCUGCGCACUGCUGUUCAGGAAAGCCUCUCGCUCUGCUGGGAACCUCAAAUCCCUUCCCCACAAAGACCUCUUCAACCGCAGCAGCAAGACUGGAUCAACGCCCUGCCCCAAGUCCACAACCCCCCCCCCCACAACAGACAGCAUCUCCUCCGUCGCCCUCCUCGCCCCAUUCCGCAAGUUUAUCGCCCAAAUCCUCACCAUCGAUAACCUCCCUCCUCUCGAUCUCCAUAUACCGGUCUACCCUCUGACCCUGGACAUGUCGGGCGGUGGUGGCGAUGCGUUCUCGCCGCUCCCUUCGUCGCUGGAGUCAUCGCCGCUAGCAAAUCCGCAGGGUUCGUCGUCAUCGGGGCAUUUGGAACAGGCUGAGCCGGGGCCUUCGACGGCGGUAAGAUUGGCUAUUAGGACAUAG